AUGAAGUUGUUAUUUCGGAAGGGUUCUGAUGAGCUUGGAGCGGGGAGAUGUAGUUUUGAAUGGCGGCCGGGUGGUAAUUACAUUGCUAUUGCCAGUCACAAUCAAAAUGUUCAUCUCUUUGAUCGUAAAGGAGAACUAUUGGACGCCGUACAAUUGCCUGGCGCUGUAUUAUCAAUGUGUUGGGAUCGUGAAGGCGAUGUCCUCGCCAUCCUACACGAAAAAAGUUCUCAACUCGUCCUCUGGGACAUCACCACCCGUUCAACGGAACAAAUCGAAACAAGCAUGGGCGCGAAGGAAAUGCCGAUAUUUGUCAUGUGGGCCCCAACGCAUCCUGUGCUCGUUGUCGGCAAUAAUAAUGGAAAUUUGUUGAUCUAUAAUCAUCAGACGAGUCGAAAAACGCCAAUUCUCGGGAAACAUCAGCGAAAAGUCACGUGUGGAGCUUUUUCAAAUAAUGGUUCAUUUGCAUGUGGUUCAGAAGAUUCGACAAUCACCAUUUCAAAUUUGGAAGGCGAUACCUUGAAUACGCUCGCCUGUAGUUCGGAACCGGCUGCUAUAAAAUUCACCGAAAUCAAGCGGCAAUCAGAAAAAGGAAUGCAAACUGACCAAAUGAUCAGCGCGGUGCUCGGGAAACGUAUUCUAAUGCUCGUCAACUUAUCGGAUACCGACAACCCGAUCAAUCUUCAAUUCCAGCAAAAAUACGGGGAUAUUGUAUCGUAUUCAUGGUACAAAUUGGCUUACAUGGUGUUGGGCUUCGAAAAAGGCUUUAUUGUCUGCAUUUCGGCUCACCAGAGCGAGAUCGGGCAGGAGAUAUUUUCUGUCCAGGAGUACAAAAAUUACCUUGGUGACGUUCGAGUUUCUGGGCAAUACGACAAAGUGAUGUCGGUUGGUGAUCAUCAACUAAAACUCCGUGAGGUUCAAAACCUUCAGGAUAUUUCUAUGAUACUAGAUGUUGAUACGGAGAAAGAACUCUGUCAAGUUGACGCAAAUGCAGAUGGCCAAUUAUUAGCUGUUGCUGGUGCAGGAGGAUCGAUCAGCGUAUAUCUCACCAAGGUCCCACAAAUGGGUGUGGCUUUCAAGGACACGCUGGCGAUAUUGACGAAUUUAAAUGAAGUGACUGUGCUGCCAGAGGGCGAUAGAGCCCAUCAAUCCGUCGUCCAAGUCAAUUGCGAGCCCGCCGUCCUUGCCGUCGGACCAUUCCACGUAGCUGUGGCUGUCAAUAACCGAGUCUGGUUCUACGAUUAUAUCAACACAACCUUGGAGCGUGAAGCCAUCGGUGAGCCCGCCGCUACUUAUGAAUAUCUCUCCACUGUAUCUGAUGUGUUGCUCAAUGGGGAGUACGCAGCUAUGCUAAUGGACGGGUCGGCACGGCUACAUCGUAUAAUCGAGCAAGAAGGAGCAGAAAAAUCGUUUACUUUCCCGGAACCAAAUCGCCAAGCGACGCUUGUGGCGGCCGCCAUUACUGACGAUUUUUUCAUCUUUACCACAGAUUCAAAUUACAUUGUCUAUUUUGCGAUGGACGAGUGGGCAGUUGUAAAUGAAUAUCGACAUACGUCCCUAAUCCGGCAGAUCUACCCCGAACCUGAUGGAGUUCGGGUUGUUUUCUUUGACGAGAGACUCGAGACUUAUGUGUAUAGCCCGGUCGAUGAUGCGCUCCAUAAAUUGCCGGCUGUCGGGUCAAGUGUUCAUUACAAAGGCGCGAUGUGGGAGACAUUUACAAUCGAUCGGGAUACUUUUGUUGUUUUUGAUCAGCAAUCUGUCUACGUAUUCCUAUUGGCAAAGAAUAAAAUUGAAGGCGAAAUGAUUCUCUACAUCGGAAAUACAAAAUUACCCUUUGGCCAUACCCCAUUGACGUUGAGUAAGGGCAUUGUCCAUUGCUUAACAACAAGUGGUCGACCAUCUGGGGUUCUAUUAGAAACCCACAAAACCGACUACGUAUUGGAUGGGAAAAGCCCGGAAGCGAUCGCCGAUCUCCUUGGUCAAUCGCUGAAACUGAAAAGUAAUCAGUACACG